AUGGACGCCCAGAUCGCCGAGAUCAAGAAGCUGUACGAUCAGUCUGAUGAAAGCGGACGCAUCGCUAUCAAAGAGAGUCUGCAUGACCUUGUCAAUAGCCUCGAGGGUCCGAGAGGGACCAUGUAUCAAACCUUCAAUGCUUUUGUGCAACUCGCUGUCAUUCGUGUCGGCAUCAACAUAGGUCUCUUCGGUCACCUGCAGAGCAGUAUAGCAGAGCCACUGUCUGUGGAUGAGCUUGCGGAGAAGACAGGCGCAGCUCCUCAACUACUCGGUACGUAG